AUGAUUCGUUUCGCCUUCAGCCUUGCCUUGACAUCGACGUUGCUGUCUGCCGCACAAGCCGCGUUUAGCACAACAUCUAAGAAUAACGUCGUCGUCUACUACGGCCAAGGACCGAAUCAACCUGCGCUCAGCACAUAUUGCGCCGACUCGAGUAUCGACGUCAUCGUCUUGUCUUUUGUGAAUUUAUUCCCAGCACAGGCAAAUGGCUUCCCCGGGAUUAACUUUGGAAACCAAUGCGGUUCCACGGUGUAUCCCGGCCCGGGAUACAACGGCGUGAACAACGCAACCAACAACCAGCUCUACCAGUGCCCCAAUAUCCAACACGACCUGUACACGUGCCGCCAGACGAGCAACAAGAAGAUCCUGCUAUCCCUCGGGGGCGCCACAUCGCAGUACCAACUAACAGGCGCAACCGACGGCACCAGCUUCGCCAACACGCUAUGGGGCCUCUUCGGCCCGCGCACAACAACCUGGGUCAACGCCGGCAAGCCGCGGCCCUUCGACUACAACGGCGUCGGCUUCAGCGUCGACGGCUUCGACCUCGACAUCGAGCACCCGCCCACGGACAACUGGGCCGGCUACAUCGCGCUCGCGAACCAAUUACGCGCCAACUUCGGCGCCUCCGCGGCCGGGCAGACGCUCUUCCUAACCGCGUCGCCGCAGUGCGUCGUCCCGGACACGAACCUCCUGGGCGUCCUGCAGUACAGCGUCGUCGACAUGCUGUUCGUCCAGUACUACAACACGCCGCAGUGCUCCGCGGCGUCCUGGGUCGCGGGCAACCCGAAAUACGUCCCCGGCGGCGCCUUCAACACCUCCGGGUUUACCUUCGACACCUGGACGGCGUGGCUGAGCGGCACGAGCAGCAAGAACGCGCGCUUGUACGUCGGGCUGCCUGGCUCGGGGAACGCGGCUAGCGCUAGCUCGGUGGUUGCGCCCGCGCAGGCGCUCAGCCUCGUCGAUGCGUAUUACUGCCGCGCGAAUUUCGGCGGCGUCAGCGUCUGGGAGGCGACGUAUGCGGCGGCGAAUGUAGCUAGCGGGCUGAAUUUUUAUCAGAAUAUGAAGAGGAAUUUGAAUACGUCGAGUACGGAUACGAGAUUAUCUUGCGUGGUGAGUUUUAAUUCCAUCAACCCUUUCCUUCCUCCCACAUUAUCCGUUUUGAUUGGUUCUUCGUUCGAUAUGAUAUGA